UUGAAAGAAGAGCAAUCAGCAUGGAGGAGAUGAGGCAGUUUCUUCUUGGGAGAUCAAGAGAAAGAAAGAAUGUUAUAAGUAGUGAUUUGGCAGAGAGAGUUUGGGGGGAAUCAAAGAAGAUAUGGAAGAUUGCAUUUCCUGCAACGUUAGCUAGGGUUUCUCAGUUUGGAACACUUGUUAUAGCACAAGCUUUUAUUGGUCAUAUUUCUCAACUCCACCUUGCAGCUUAUGCUCUCAUUCAGAUUCUCUUUCUGCGUUUUGCUAUUGGCAUCACACUGGGGAUGUCAACUGCAACUGAAACUCUUUGUGGACAAGCAUUUGGUGCAAAGCAAUACCACAUGAUGGGAAUAUACUUGCAAAGAUCAUGGAUCAUCAAUCUUGUUACUACAACUUUAUUGCUCCCUGUAUUUUUUUUCGCUAGACAAAUCUUUAUGAUACUCGGUGAACAAUCAGAUAUUGCAAGGCUUGCGGGAUAUAUUUCAUUAUGGUUCAUACCUAUUCUCUACUCUUUUGUGUUUAGCUUCACCAUUCAAAAGUACUUGCAAGGACAACUCAAGAACAACUUUGUUGGAUGGGUGUCUGCUGGAUCACUUCUUAUCCAUGUGUUACUAUCAUGGAUCUUUGUCAACAAAUUACACUGGGGGAUUCCUGGAGCAAUGACUGCAAUUAUAGUAGCUAGUUGGUUUGUUGUAAUUGCAGAAUUUAUGUAUAUAUUUGGGGGUUGGUGUCCAAAAACAUGGAGAGGAUUCACUUGUGCUGCCUUUUCUGAUCUUUUCCCAAUUAUAAAGCUCUCAAUAUCUUCUGGUUUGAUGCUCUGUUUGGAAUUAUGGUAUAAUGCUAUUAUAAUCCUACUAGCAGGAUACGCGAAAAAUGCUGCAGUUGCUAUAUCUGCUUUUUCUAUAUGCCUUAAUAUCAUAUCUUGGGAAUUCAUGUUAUGCGUUGGCUUCCUUGUCUCCUCAAGCGUGCGGGUUUCAAAUGAAUUAGGAAAAGGAGAUGCAGAAGCUGCAAAAUUUUCAGUGAAAGUCAUCACAUUUACAUCAAUUUGCGUAGGAGUGUUCUUCUGCGCUCUCUGUUUGAUAUGCGGGGGAAAAAUCGGAUACUUAUUUAUAAAUGAUGAGAAAGUAGUAGAAUAUCUAUCAAAACUCACAUUCUUACUUUCUUUAUCAGUUUUUCUCAAUAGCAUUCAAUGUGUACUUACAGGAGCAGCAAUAGGUGCUGGAAGACAGAGUAUGGUAGCAUAUAUUAAUAUCUUCUGCUAUUAUAUAGUUGGAAUACCAGUUGGGCUUCUACUGGGAUAUGUGCUACAUAUGAAAAUAAAGGGAAUAUGGAUAGGAAUGCAACUUGGUGUUAUAUUACAAUCAUUGAUGUUAGCAUAUGUUACUUGGACAACUGACUGGAAUGAGCAGGUUAACAAAGCAUCAGAACGACUAAACAAAUUGUUGCUAAAAAAUUCAGAUGAAUGUAACGAAGAUUCAGUUCAAGAGGGACUCAGUUAAUGGAUGAAGUUUGUUUAUUUUAGAUUGGUAG